AAAGAAAGCAGGAAGCAGGUUUCACUUGUUUUACGGUAGCUGUUGUUCAACACAUAUUAUUUGAGACUUUGCUCUUAAAAUGGGAUCAUCAAGUUCAAAAUGGGUUAUGCUUGUUGCUGGUUCAAACUCAUGGGAUAAUUAUAGGCACCAGGCAGAUGUGUGUCACGCCUAUCAGAUAGCACAUCAGAAUGGGAUUCCCGACAGUCAGAUUGUGGUGAUGAUGUAUGAUGACAUCGCUAAUAAUAAGAAAAACCCUUAUCCUGGAAACAUUAUCAAUAAACCAAACGGAGCAAAUGUGUAUCCAGGGGUUCCAAAAGAUUACAUUCGAGGGGAUGUAACAACUGGAAACUUUCUGGCUGCUCUCAGAGGAGACAGCCAUGCUGUGAAAAAGAGUAAUCCAAAAGUCAUUGAAAGUGGAAGUAAUGACACAAUAUUCGUCUAUCUGGCAGAUCAUGGAGGUCCAGGCAUAUUUAGCUUUCCUAACAGUACUCUUUAUGCUCAUGACCUCAUUGAAACAAUCAAGGAAAUGGCAAGAAAUUACAAGUUCUUAAAGAUGGUGUUAUACAUUGAAUCCUGUCAUUCCGCAUCAAUGUUCAGGAACCUCCCCAAAAACGUUUGUGUGUACGCUUUGACUUCAGCGAGAGAAGAUGAGAACAGUUAUGCCUGUUUUUAUGACCCUCUGAGGAAAACCUAUCUCUCUGAUGAAUUCUCAGCUUUGUGGAUGCACUACACUGAAGCGAAUGACCUUGAUGAUAAAACAUUUCAGGAUCAGUUUAUUUAUCUUCAGGGAAGGAUGAAGAAUUCUCAGCUCCUGCCGUUUUGGGGACAUGGUAAAAACACUUUACACAGCAUACAUCAAUAA